UUUUUUUGCGUUGUGCUCUGUUUCUUCCCUUCUCUCUCUAUCCAGUGCGUUUCUCCACAAUCCUUUCGCCUUCUUCUGCCGAAAUUUUGUCUUGCCCAAAAAACACUAAAAAACCGAAUAACGCAAACUACUAAAAAGCUUCAACAAGAUUGAAACUUUCUGCUUCUAUUGAUUCUAAUCAUCUCUCUUUCACAAUACCCUAGUAUCAAUUUCUCCUUUUGACUCUCUCGGUUUCUAGAGAUUAUUUGUCUUCCAUCUUCAAAUCCAAACCAAGCUUUAGAGGUUUCGACGACUCUCUAGCCGCCGCUUUUUCUUAAACAGAGAAGACUUCAAGAGAGACAAUGUGUUAUGGUUUUGGACUUCUUUCGAAACAAUCGUUUGCUCUGUGAUCGUAGUUCUCCUUAGCUCACGCGGCAUCACCGAGGGUCUUAUGGCUCUUAGGAAAAAUACUCCAAAAGGCGAUUCAGUUUCACUACCUAUGAAGCCUUUGAAUUUCUCCAGAAAAUUGCCAGGAAAUGUGCAGAUUCCAGACCCUGAUAUUGUUCAAAGUGUUGCGCCUAACAUUGAUCUAGACCUCCGGGAAGUUUACUUUUUGAUGCUCCACUUACUUUCAUCUGGGCCGUGCCAGAAAACUUAUGCACUGUUGCGGCAUGAACUUCUUGAACAUGAGCUUCUUCCUAGAAGAUAUCAUGCUUGGUACUCGAGGAGUGGAUUGCCUAGUGGGGAUGAGAAUGAUGAUGGCAAUUCCUUUCCUUUGAACUAUACUGAGUUGGCUAAGAGGUAUUCUCAUGUAAAAAAAGAUCACCUGGUGGAGCUUCUAAAGCAAUUGGUCUUUGUUUCAAAUAGGCCUAAUCCCUCACGAGGGAUCGGUGAUGGAAAUAAAAUGAUUGGAGCUGGGGUUCCAACACUUUUAGGCACUGGCUCGUUCUCCCUUUUGAGCUCUGACAAGGAAAUAGUUGGAAGUGAUCUCAAACCACCACCUAUUGGCAUGCGUUGGCCUCAUAUGCAUGCUGAUCAGGUUCGUGGUAUUAGUUUGAGGGAAAUUGGUGGUGGUUUUGCCAGACAUCAUCGUGCCCCAUCAAUUCGAGCAGCAUGUUACGUCAUUGCAAAACCAUCGUCAAUGGUACAAAAGAUGCAGAACAUCAAGAGGCUACGUGGACACAGAAAUGCUGUGUACUGUGCUAUAUUAGAUCGCUCAGGAAGGUAUGUAAUCACUGGUUCAGAUGACCGCCUUGUAAAAGUAUGGUCGAUGGAUACUGCAUACUGCCUGGCCAGCUGUCGAGGGCAUGAAGGUGACAUAACUGAUCUUGCUGUGAGUUCGAACAACAUUUUCAUAGCAUCCGCAUCAAAUGAUUGUGUGAUCCGCGUUUGGCGAUUGCCAGAUGGCUUACCAGUUUCUGUUCUCCGUGGACAUACUGGAGCUGUUACUGCUAUUGCCUUUAGUCCCAGACCUGGAUCCCCGUACCAGCUUCUCUCAUCGUCUGAUGAUGGUACAUGUAGGAUAUGGGAUGCCCGGGGAGCCCAAUUUGCUCCCCGGAUAUAUGUCCCUAGGCCUCCUAGUCCUGAUGGAAAGAACAGUGGCCCUUCUUCUAGUAAUGCUCAGCAGAGUCACCAAAUCUUUUGCUGUGCAUUCAAUGCUAGUGGAUCUGUCUUUGUCACUGGCAGUUCUGACACUCUUGCUAGAGUAUACUCGGUUUGGAGUGCUAAUAAGACCAAUACUGAUGAUCCAGAGCAGCCAAAUCAUGAGAUGGAUGUUCUGGCUGGACAUGAGAAUGAUGUUAAUUAUGUUCAGUUCAGUGGUUGUGCUGCGGGGUCUAAAUUUUCUGUAACUGACUACUCAAAAGACGAGAAUGUUCCAAAAUUUAAGAAUUCCUGGUUUUGUCAUGAUAACAUAGUUACAUGCUCUCGUGAUGGUAGUGCAAUCAUUUGGAUCCCAAGAUUACGGAGAUCUCAUGGAAAAAGCUGCCGAUGGACACGAGCAUAUCAUCUCAAGGUUCCACCUCCGCCCAUGCCCCCUCAACCUCCUAGAGGGGGGCCACGUCAAAGGAUCCUACCUACACCCCGUGGGGUUAACAUGAUUGCUUGGAGUCUGGAUAAUCGUUUUGUCCUUGCCGCUAUUAUGGAUUGUAGAAUAUGCGUGUGGAAUGCCUCUGAUGGUAGCUUGGUACAUUCUUUGACUGGUCAUACAGCAUCUACAUAUGUUAUGGACGUCCAUCCAUUCAAUCCUCGUAUAGCUAUGAGUGCUGGCUAUGAUGGAAAAACAAUAGUGUGGGAUAUAUGGGAAGGCAUACCUAUACAAAUAUACGACAUUUCACACUACAAGUUGGUUGAUGGGAAGUUUUCACCGGAUGGAACUUCAAUUAUACUUUCAGAUGAUGUGGGCCAAUUGUACAUAUUAAGUACUGGCCAAGGGGAUUCUCAAAAAGACGCUAAAUAUGAUCAGUUCUUCCUGGGGGAUUAUCGUCCAUUAAUUCAGGACACAUAUGGUAAUGUCCUUGACCAGGAAUCUCAGCUUCAACCUUAUCGCCGAAAUAUGGAGGAUCCUCUUUGUGAUUCAGGGAUGAUUCCAUAUGAAGAGCCAUAUCAGACCACGUUUCAGAAACGGCGACUCGGCGCCUUAGGCAAAGAAUGGCGACCAUCUUCUUUGAAGCUUGCUGUCGGGCCAGAUAUCACUUUAGAUCGAGAUUACCAAAUGCCACCUCUGGCAGAUCUAGACUUAGCCGAACCGUUGCCAGAGUUUAUAGAUGUAAUGGAGUGGGAACCAGAAGUUGAUAUCUUAAGUGAUGAAAACGACUCUGAAUACAAUGUGCCAGAGGAGUAUUCGUCUGGAAAAGAGCAAGAAUGUUUAAAUUCUUCAACCUCUGGUGAGUCAGGUUCCAGUUCUGGUGAAAGCUAUGAGGAUGAUGAUCAUCAGAAUAGCCUUAGAAGAUCCAAAAGGAAAAAACAUAAGAAAGAAGCUGGGAUCAUGACUUCUUCGGGUAGGCGUGUCAAAAAGAGGAACUUUGAUGAGCUUGAGGGAGCUCCAAGCAACAAAAAACGUACCAGAAAAUCUAGGAGUGGUCGUAAAGAAUCGAAGAGGAAAUCUUCAAAAUCUAAAUCGUCUAGACCUAGGCGAGCAGCUGCACGAAAUGCUCUCUCUUGGUUUUCUAAGAUUACAGGUACAUCUAAAGAUGCAGAAGAGGAGGAAGUCUCUGAAUUGAGUGAUUCAUCAGAAAGUGAAUCGACAACACAAGACUCAGGUACUGGGGAUAGUGAACUUGAAGUAGCUUUGUUAAAUGGGCAUGGGAAGCAAUCGAAGGGGAAAACUAUCCUCGUAUGUGAUUCUGAUGAUGGGGCUCAACAAUGUGAUAUCAGAGAAACUCAUACUGCUGAAAGGAGGAGAUUGGUUCUUAGAUUUCCUGUUAGGAAUUCAGAUAAGCUUACCUUACUGGAGAACCUACCUGGAUCAUCUUGUGAUGUUCCAAGUCCAACUUUAGGGAACGGCUGUACUGAAGACUCGAGGAUUCCUGGGAACCAAUUUGAAGGGCUAGAUGUAAGUAAAGUCAAAUGGGGAAUGGUUAAGGCUCGUACAACAAAGCGAAUAAGAGGUGAAGCAAUAUCAUCGCAUGAACUUAUGGGCUCUGACCCGGAGGGAAAGGAAAAUAAUGUUAAGGAAGACUCAAAUCACCGUGGAAAUGGUGUUACAGCACCUAGUUGUUUGGAAUUGAAAACAGAUAUAGAUGACAUGGCAGUUGACACUGACACGGUGAUCUCUAAUGGUUUGCCAAAUGGUGGGAAGCGAUAUCCAGAACUGGAUGGGUCACCAAGUCGAGUGGCUGAUGACAAGGCCUCUAAUAGUUCUCAAAAUGUAACCCACCGGCACGAUCUAAUAGAUAGCCUUCCACCAAUCUCAACGACAUUGAAGAUACGCUCCAAGAGAGUUUCAAGGGCUCCGGAUACAUCUUUGAGGCAAGAAGGAAAAUCCUUAUCAAUAGAUCAAGAGACUGGUGGCUCUGAUGCAUUAAAUGAUGGUUUUGAAGAUGCUAAAUGUGAUUUGACAUUGGACUGUCAAAAGGAUGGUGUGGUUGGGACAGAGAUAUCUCUGCGAAAUGAUUGUGUUCUGGAAUUAAAUCCUCAGAUCUGUGAUGCGCUCUCAAUUGCUAAUGAUGUUCCUGUGUCACACUCACAUCCUAAACGGAUGUUUGAUUUUGUCUAUAGACGAAAGUCACGGAAGCAUAAGAACAACUUAGACAGGGAUGCUGCUCUUACUAAAGAAGUCAGUCCAGGUUCUUGUAGUCAGGAUCAUGGUAGUGGCUCUAAGUCCCAUGAAGGUGCCUCUAAUGGGUUCCAUGGGACUGAGUUGAAUGGAUUAGAGAAGUCGGAAGGCAGUUUGACCCACAUCCAAGAUAAAAUAAGUGAUUCACGUGGAAACCAAAACUCUCAGGAAGAAUUGAGAUCCGCUUCUGGAGCAACACUUCGGUUGAGAUCCACAAGAAAUAGAAAGUCUACUUAUCCCUUUAGUGAAACUAAACCUAUUGAAACAAAGAAGCCUCAGCAGUUAAUAGAAAAUGUAUCCUGGUUGACAUUAUCGAUACAUGAAGAGGGUUCUCGUUAUAUUCCACAAAUGGGGGAUGAAGUUGCGUAUUUGCGACAGGGGCAUCAAGAAUACUUAAACUUUAGCUCCCUGAGGGAAGUGGCUCCUUGGACAUCAAUAAAAGGAGGAAAUAUAAAGGCUGUAGAAAUUUGUAAAGUGGAAAGUCUUGAAUAUGCAACUCUGCCUGGUUCUGGGGAUAGCUGCUGCAAAAUGAUACUUAAGGUCAUCGAUCCAAACUCCGAAGUGUUCAACAAAGCUUUCAAACUUACGUUGCCUGAAGUGGUGACGUUUCCAGAUUUUCUUGUGGAAAGAAGUCGGUAUGAAGCAGCAAUACAGAGGAACUGGACUUGCAGGGACAAGUGUAAAGUUUGGUGGAGAGACGAAGGCGAAGAAGAUGGUAGUUGGUGGGAAGGACGGAUUCUAGCUGUGAAACCCAAAUCACCUGAUUUUCCUGAUAGUCCGUGGGAGAGGUACACAGUUAAGUACAAGAGUGACCCUGCCGAGACACAUCUUCACAGUCCCUGGGAGCUUUUUGAUGCAGAUACCAAGUGGGAGCAGCCUCACAUUGAUGAUGAGCAACGAAACCGUUUGCUCUCGGCCUUAACAAAGUUAGAGACUUCAGACAAGAGAACCCAGGAUUCUUUUGGCCUCCGAAAACUGAACCAGACCGUGGGAAAUUCCAGCUACUCCAACAGGUUCCCAGUUCCUUUGUCUCUUGAAGUAAUCAGAUCAAGGCUUGAGAACAACUAUUACCGAAGUGUGGAAGCAUUACGACACGACGUAUCAGUUAUGUUGUCCAAUGCAGAGACUUUCUUUGGUCGAAAUAAAAGUGUAGCAGCCAAAAUCUCAAAUCUCUCUAACUGGUUCGACCGGACGCUACCUUCUUCGUAGCUUAUCAUCGCGCCUAUGUAGAUAAACUGAUGUUUUUUUUUCUCAUGUUUCCAAAUUAUUUAGUUAGGUUUCCUGCAAUUCUUUAAAAACUCUGGUUCUAAUGGCAGAAGAGAAUUUUAGGGGAUUUUUUUUCCUUCAGUUAGAAAAUUUUAGGUUUAGGGUUUAGUUGGAGAUAAUCUUUUUCUUUUUGAAAUUGUAUGUAAAGAGAAAUUGGAGGAGAGGUCAAAAACGUUUGAUGCUUUGGAAUCAUCUUCUGUUGACUGACCAACCCCAAAUUUGAGAAUCAUUUCUUUUUCUGCUAAUGGUACAACAACAGAUGAAAUUGUUGACAUUACAUGUGCAAAUAUCCA